AAGUAUAUGCGUGUGGGAUUUAAGAGAAUCCAAACUGCAUCAUCAGCAAGUCAACGGCCUCCCUUGUCCACUUCGUUCGCCGUCUUUUAAUACUGCUUUGUCAAUUGACCAUGGCCAUAAGGCGAAAAUUGUUGGCUUAAGCACAGUAACAUACAAUAAUGUUACUAACGAAGAAUUACCAGACGAGCUUUGUAGCUUGGAUGAAGAUUUUGUUUUGGCCGUAUGGACGAUCGUGGACAGUUGGUCAGACGCUUACGAAAUUUCAGAAAAAAGUGCCGGCACUGCGCCCUGGAGUUCCGUGAGAUUACUAAAAAUGCAAACUAUCAAUGCCAAUAAAAAUGUCCCUAGAUAUUUGUCUGAUGGUGUCAUGGCCACAUGCAUAUGUUUAAAUAACAUUCAAGAUGCUUUUAUUGGUACUAAUUGUGGACUGGUUUUCCGGUGCAAUUUGGGGGGACACAAAGUAUGGCCAUCGUACUUUACCCAAGAAAAUACAGAUGAACAUUUUUCGGUGAACUCGUUGGAUAUUUGCCCGUUUGACUUGAAUUUUUUUUUG